AUGAAGAACUUCGCCCCACUGCUGUCACUGCCAGCAUGUCUCAUAACCCUCACGUAUAGUUAUCAAGUAGAGGCGAACGAGAAACCAUGGCCGUACAACCUUCCGAGGUCAGUCAAGUACUACCCGGAACACGAAGGCCAUAUCAGGCGUGGCCUCGAGGCGCAAGAAAGACUAGCAUGGGAGGACCCCAUUGCGAUGAAAAAGAUGGGCGAUGAUGCAGGGGAGAAGUUUCUCCUGGACUAUUGGCAGUGGGAGGUGGAGGAGCAGGGCUCUCUUAGUCUUGGUAACUUUGGAGCUGGUACCAAGGAAUACUCCAAUGCUUCCCUUGUUGCAGCUGUGAUGCCGCAUUGCAACAACAAUGGACGGAAACUGGGCCUAUUCAAACGAAACAUCUUCGCAAGAGAAUUUGAAUGUCCUUCCGGGACGAAGUCUUGCAACUCAAUUGGAUCCGACCUUUGCUGCAACACAUCAGAUUCCUGCGUAGAGACGUCCGAAGGAAUUGGCUGUUGUCCUAGCGGAGCCGCGUGUGGAACUGAUGUCGCAGGCUGCGAUACAAGUGCGGGCUUUAGCAGCUGUCCCCAGGGAGUUGGAUGCUGCAUUCCUGGAGCAGAGUGUUUAGACAAUGGCUGCGUGUUCUACGGGACGGACACUAUCACGGCUACUUCUGUUAUGACCACGACUGCUCGACCACAGUCAUCCUCCCGAGUGGAUCCCUCGACAACGGUAUCUGUUUACACGACAACAGCGACUGUAACCAUCAGCGGCGAAGACAGAACAGAAACUACCACUUUUGUCUCUCCGACGACCGUGAUCAUAGAGCCGUCUUCGUCUAGCUGUACAUCAGACUUUUUCUCCUGCGCAUCCUCUCUUGGCGGUGGUUGCUGUAGAGAUGGCCAAGUCUGUGCGGAUGAUGGUUGUAUGGAUAAUACAUCAUCUCCAACAUCUGCCACUGCAGCGCCUCCGGUCAGGCCAACCACUUCUGGCACCUCAGUUUCCGCAGCAGAAAGCCCUAUCACGACGAUCAUCGGUUCCUCCCAAACGCCAGCUGGAUGCCCAACUGGAUUUUACAUGUGCUCUGCCGUUUAUCUCGGUGGCUGUUGCAGAGUGGACCGUAACUGCGACACUACCUCGUGCCCUGCAUCCGAAACUACUGCAGUCGCGACAGGCCCUGGCGUUUCUGUAGGCGUAGCAGGGCGACCAUCUGGUGGUUCAUGUGCCAGUGGUUGGUCAUCUUGCGCUGCAAGUGAAGGAGGAGGAUGCUGUCCUACCGGCUACUCUUGUGGGGCGUCAUGUAUAGCGACUGUCAGCGGAGCGGGUGAUACUAGCAAGAUUGCCCCAGAGUCUGCUGCCACGCUGGAGAAAGUUUUGAAAGUCGGAUUUCUCAGCAUGGCCAUCUUGGCUGGUUUUGGAAUGGUGUUGCUGUGA